AUGAAUAACAAAUUAAAAUUUAAAAAUAUUUAUCAUGAUGAAAUAGAAAUAGCAAAUAAUUAUCAUUUUCAUGAAUGUUUAAUAUCCACAUCCAUACCACCAAAUAAUGGAGACAAUUUACAAAACUAUAUCAAUAAUUUGAACAUUUACGAUAACAAAAGCUUCCCAAGAUCACUAUUUUCAGAAAUGAUAGUUCAAAUUAAAGGUUGUAUAGGUUCUUUCUCAAAAAAUAUAUCUCAUAAUAAUAUAACUCCCUCAAAUAUUUUUUAUGAAAAAAUUCAAGAUAAAUAUAUAUUUAAAUUAACUGGAUUUGAAUAUGCAACUAAAAAUAAUAAUAUACAGGAUAGCUAUAAUGACUAUAAUGCAUUGGGUCAUUUAAUUGUUUUUUUAAAUAAAAAUUAUGAUUUAUCUUUGGAAUUUCCGACUGAAAAAGAUCCUUCAAAAAAAAACCCAUCGAAAACAUUGUAUCAUUAUAAAAAAGAUGCAACACCUAAACCAUAUUUUUUAAGUGAAUUAAAUAUUAAAGAAAUCGAAAAAACUUUAGGAGUCUCAAACAUAUUAGAAACCCACAUUAUUUUAUGCAAAUAUGAAAAAAAAAAAAAAGAAGUUUGUGUUCCAUUUAAUUCAGAUCUAAAAGAUGAAAUAUCUGAACUAUAUGCAAUUUCUUUUGAUUACGAUGAAAAACAAAUAGGCGCAUUCGAAAGUGAUCUCCUCUCACUUUUAAAAGAAAUAGGUUAUGAACCAAAUACAAAUAAUUGUAAUUAUAAAGAAUCAAUUCCAACAUCUGUAAUCAAGCUUAUAGAAUUUUCAAAUUCAAGAAUAGAAUUUAAUCAAAUUAAAGAUUACUAUACUAAAGUCUUACAAGAAGAUUUGGUCCCAAUUUUAAGAAGCUCAAUAUACUUCAAUUGGGACUUAAAAACAAUUUCUAAUAACAAUUUAUUAAAUAUCUUUAAAGAAAACAAUUUAUCAUUAUUUUUUAGUGGCCCAUAUACAGACUUUUUAUAUUUUUUAUAUUAUAACUAUAUUGUUUUAUUUUAUAAAAAUGAACAAGAUAGGAGAAAACUAUUAAAUAAAAAUUCAACAUUAGAAAAUAGUUUUAAAAUGGAUCCCAAUAUACCAAAUCAUAGCUCUCAAGUAAAAAUAGAAAAUAUAGCCCCCCAUACAAAGCAAAAAAUAGAAUUUCUUAAUAUUAAUAAUAAUAAUAAUAAUAAUAAUAAUAAUAAUAAUAAUAAUAAUGAUAAAGUACAAAAUAUAAAUUAUAAAAGCUCAUUAUUCCAAGAAUAUAGUUUUAUAGGUCAAAAUUUAAUAAUUGAUAAGGAAAUGAAAAAAGCCCAAGAUAAAGAAUUAGGAGAUCUUGAAAAAAAAAAAACUCAAGUAAGUAAUAAGGAAAUGAAAAAAGCCCAAGAUAAAGAAUUAGGAGAUCUUGAAGAAAAAAAAAAAACUCAAGUAAGUAAUAAGGAAAUGAAAAAAGCCCUAGAUAAAGAAUUAGGAGAUCUUGAAAAAAAAAAAAAAAAAAUUCAAUCUAUUUUAGAAGAUAGAAAAAAAAUUUUAGAAGAAAGUAAAAAAAAAUUAGAAAGAGAAAAAAAGAAAAAUACAGAAAGGAAAACUAAAAUAAAAGAUUAUGAUGGAAUUAAAGAGAGGUAUGAAGAGCAUACUUUAAAUAAAGAAUAA